UUUAGUCGAUGUUUGAGAGUCGCGGCGGUAGGAUUCAUUGUGUCUGUAUAUGCUUACCUGAGGUCACACCAUAUGUUCAUGUGAUAAAUGGAAGCAUUUCAAAGUGUUUAUUACUGAGAACGUAUCGUGUAAAUUUUCUAUCGAAAACACCAUCUUUAUUAGUGAUUUUGAAAAGUACAAUCUAACCUCUGUCGUGAGGUGUUUGUCUGUGAAAGUAUCUGAAGAAAUUAUUUUGUUUUGUGAACAUCGAAAGAGGAGAAUGAAAUAUUCUUUUUACAAAUGAAGAACGGACACCGGUAUUGUCAGACAAGUCGGUCCUCCUCUUAUUCUGCGAAUCCGGUUACAACAAAAUGGCGGUGGCCUGUGGAGGAGUUUGGGAUGCCCCAGCGCCAAGAAAGCAAGAUUCCAGCCUACAGAUGCAGCUCAUUCUGCUGACGUGAUAUCCCAAUUGAAAAAUACAAUCUCACCUGCACAAAGGAAACAUUCCUUCUCUGACACCGCCUCCAGAUGCAAAAUAUUUAAUAUUUUUAUCUUUGUGUGGUUGUUUUGCACUGUUGCAAACUUUCUGGUGGAGGUACAAGUUACUUUCAUUGUUGGAAGUGCGAUACUAGCGACAAUUUCGCCCACCUGUGAUAUAUAUGGGAAUUAACAUUUAAGUAUCUUUUUUAAGAUCUAUUUCGGACAUCCAUAGCGUGAUAUGAGCUGUGUGAGUGUGUGUACUAGGAUUGUGGUGUGUUUAAGUACAGUCUGACGAGUUAUUGAUAAUUGUAUUUUUGAUACAGACUGUAACGGAAAUAACAAAUUACAUACAGGAUAUGAAAACGAUGUUCAGGGUGAUUGUUAUCGCAGCGGUCCAGACUUGGUUUGUGUAGAAAUUUCUGCAGAUUUGGAAGUCGCUUGUACAGGAACACACAUGACGAUCUUGGCUUCAGACCCGUGUCCCCUAAUUGCCGCUAUGCUAUAAAACGAGGCAAAUUGCGGAAGGUGGAAGUGUGGACGAUGGGCGGGCAGUUGCUGAGGCUGCUGCUUCUUCUGUACGCCGCCGUAGCGCUGCUGUGUUCCAUCGCUUCAGCUGAACAAGUUGUGUUGCUGGAUACGACCCAAGAGGCCACUCUGGAAUGGACCCGCUACCCUUACGGACCACAAGCCAACACACCGGGGUGGAUCGAGGAGAGUUUCACCAACUUUGAUAAGGGCAUCAACUGGAGGUCAUAUGUUGUUUGUGACGUAGCUCACAACAAUGUGAAUAACUGGCUGUGGACUCCAUUUGUGGAACGAGGGAUUGCAAAUCGCAUCUAUAUUGAGAUCAAGUUCACAAUCCGGGAUUGCUCGUUGUUUCCGGGCAAUGCUCUAUCGUGCAAAGAAACUUUCAGCCUGCUGUACUAUGAAUUUGAUGCAGCAACAAGAGAACCUCCACCGUGGGAACCAGAGAGCUACAAGCUCAUUGGUCGAAUAGCAGCAGGAGAGGGCAGGUUCAAUACAAACAGUGAGGUGAUCAUCAACACUGAGGUCAAAUCCAUUCCUGUCACAAAGAAGGGGGUGUACUUUGCCUUUCGUGAUCAGGGAGCCUGCAUCUCACUUCUAGCCAUUAAGGUAUACUACAUUACGUGCCCUGAGGUUACAGUGAAUUUUGCCCACUUUCCGACGACUCCAACAGGGCGUGAGGUGACAUUCAUUGAGCAAGCAACAGGCCGCUGUGUGGAAAAUGCAGAGGAGGUGGACACUCCCACUUAUCUUUGCAAGGGUGAUGGAAAGUGGUACUUACCCACUGGUGGAUGCAAAUGCAAGGCUGGUUAUGAGGCUGACCACGAGAAGCAGACCUGCAAUGUUUGCCCUCCAGGUAAAUACAAGCAUGCUACAGGAGAUGAACACUGCCAGCCUUGCCCAGAUCACAGCAAGGCACCAGACUAUGGCUUCUCUGAGUGCCGCUGUAAUUCAGGGUACUAUAGGGCAGCCAAAGAUCCCAAGAACAUGCCUUGCACCCAACCUCCAUCAGCACCACAAAAUCUGACAGUAGGAUUUGUGGACCAGUCUACAGUAAUUCUGUCAUGGACACCCCCUCACUUUCAAGGAGGAAGAGUGGACACUGUAUACAGAGUAGAGUGUGAUUCCUGUGGACCCGGCGUCUCGUAUAGUCCCAGCACAGCAGUUUUCAAUGACACAAAGGUGACCAUAACUGGACUAAAUCCAGUUACAACGUAUAGGUUCCAAGUUUUUGCAGAAAAUGGGAUAACAGAAUUGGCUGGUGAAAGUGAUUAUGUUGAUAUCACAGUGACCACAGAGGCCUCUGUCCCAUCCAGUGUUAUAAAUGUUAGAGUGACAUCUGUGAAGUCCACAGAGAUGUCUUUGGCCUGGGACCCACCACACACCAUUGAUGCCACUGAUACAGAGGGUGAUAUUGUUGAGAUGUAUGAGGUUCGCUGUUUUGCUCGCCAUGAUGAUGGCAAUGCAUCCAGUACACUAACUAAAGAACAGCAAACAACAUUCACGGGGUUACGUCAGAGAACAGAAUAUGGCUUCCAGGUUCGAGCUAAAACAACCCAUGGAUGGGGAGAAUUUAGCCCGACCCUCUUUAAAACAACUGGUCAGAUUUUAGGGACAGCAAUUGUGGGCGAUGACGACAACAUGCAAGUGAGAAUUAUUGCAACAGUGAUUGUUGUGGUUGUCAUGUUCCUAGUUGUAAUCAUCAUUGUGGCUGUCCUCUUCUUCCGAAGGAGGGGUAGUGAUGAAUGCAACAAGAAACAGCCAAGUGAUUGCGACACGUUGGAAUAUAGAAAUGGAGAAGCAGGAUUAGUAGUCACCUACAUCCACUGCAACUUGGACAGUCCUUCUAUUGUAACCACACAUACCAAUGGAUUGACAACACCACUCUUCACCGCAGUUGGCGCAUCAAGCCGAACCUACAUCGAUCCCCACACAUACGAAGAUCCUAAUCAGGCAGUCAGAGAGUUUGCUAGAGAGAUAGAUGCUUCAUGCAUAACUAUUGAAGCGAUCAUAGGUGGGGGAGAGUUUGGCGAUGUGUGUCGAGGAAAGUUAAAAUUGCCACCAGAUGGUUGUCGAACAGAAAUUGAUGUUGCCAUCAAGACUCUGAAACCAGGCAGCUCAGACAAAGCAAGAAAUGAUUUCCUUACUGAGGCAUCUAUCAUGGGUCAAUUUGAACAUCCAAAUGUGAUAUUCCUGCAGGGUGUUGUUACAAAGUCCAAUCCAGUCAUGAUCAUCACAGAAUAUAUGGAGAAUGGCUCUCUUGAUACAUUCCUUAGGGCUAAUGACGGCAAAUUCCAAGUCAUCCAGCUGGUCGGGAUGCUGCGAGGCAUAGCCUCAGGCAUGCAAUAUCUGUCUGAGAUGAACUACGUCCACAGGGAUCUUGCAGCCCGUAAUGUGCUGGUCAAUGCUCAGCUUGUUUGCAAGAUUGCAGACUUUGGGUUGAGUCGUGAAAUAGAAAGCACUACAGAAGGGGCAUACACAACAAGGGGGGGCAAGAUUCCUGUGAGAUGGACUGCACCUGAAGCCAUAGCAUUUCGAAAAUUCACGUCUGCCUCCGAUGUAUGGAGUUUUGGUAUUGUAUGUUGGGAGGUGAUGUCAUAUGGCGAGAGGCCAUAUUGGAACUGGUCAAACCAGGAUGUCAUCAAGAGUAUAGAGAAGGGCUACAGGUUACCAGCACCAAUGGACUGCCCAGAAGCCAUCUACCAAUUAAUGCUGGAUUGUUGGCAGAAAGAAAGAACUCAUAGGCCAACAUUUGCCUCCAUUGUUAAAACACUUGACAAACUCAUUCGAUGCCCUGACACCUUGAGGAAAAUAGCACAGAACAGGACUGGCAACCCAUUAGCACCAGAUGCCCCAGAUAUGACUCAAUUCAAUUCAGUGGAAGAGUGGCUCAACUCUAUCAAGAUGGCACGCUACCUUGAAAACUUUGAGCGUGCAGGAAUUACGUCCAUGGAUGCUGUAGUGAGAGUUACAGUGAAAGAGCUUACUGCACUUGGUAUCACACUUGUAGGUCAUCAGAAAAAGAUAAUGAACAGUGUGCAAGCGAUGAGAGCACAAAUCACAGCUAAUCUCUCAGAAGGGUUUCUGGUUUAACCUUGGCUAAUCUUGUGUUAGUGUUUUUCCUGUUUAUUUAGUGGACAGACUGAACUGUUAACUAAGGCAAAUAUGUGGACAUCUAAAUGUGAUAUUUGGCUUAGAGCAUAUAUCAAAUUUUUUAAACACAAAUGCCAUGUCAGAAAGUAACUGCAGAUCCUUGGUUUAAGUGUAAGCUAUUUUCUACUGGCUGGUAAGAAGGUCUUUUUUCAUGUCCCUCCAUAUAUAAGAUAUGCACAGGCAGUGUUUAAACAUGGUGAGUGCGAUAUUAAAGAAGCUUCACUGGUGUUGGAAAAAAUGGGUUUGGUUUGCCAGCCAGCAGACUUUACGGCAGUUUUGACUGCAUGCCUUUACUUUCGGUAGCUGUGAAAAAUCACACAAAUUGAAAUAUAUUCCAUUGGGAGAGAUUUGUGAAUUUGUCUUUGAAAUGUGAAUCAUCUCAGGUGUGAAGCAAUGACAUGUCUCAUACCAAAGGGGCAGAAAGAAAUCUGUGUUAUCCGAUUUAAACUAGGAGCCUGAUAAACAGAAGAAACAAACUGAUGUACUGUGCCCUGUGAGUUGCCCAUUCUUGGAAAACUCAUUAUUAGUGUGUUGUGUUUUUGUGUCAGUGCCAUGAGAGUGAAAAAAGACUGUGAAAGAAAUAUUUCAAUAAAAUUCUAUGAAUAGUUUCCUCUCUCACCGUGUUAUAUAUUUCAUUUUUGUGUAGAAAAUCUCUGCAUUGGUGAAAAAAUCAAAUGCUACAGUUUCAAGACUAUUGAAUCAAAGCAAUAUUGUGGGUGUGGAUGCAAGAUGUGAAAAAGCUUCAAGAUCUGUUUUGUAAGUGCGUCUGUGGGUGUAUACCAUUCAUUACUGACAUAACCAAGUAACUUCAGAAAUAUAUGUAACCUACUUUAUUCUGUGCUGAUAGUGUCAGCAGUUUAUACUACAUAAUGGUGAACCUUAAUGGGGCUGAUUUGAAAAAAGAGCCAUUCCUUAUACAUAGAUGGUACCCUUUCCUGUAAUCAUUUGAAAGGACCUAUGCUGAAUGAUGAAACAGUUUAUUAGAUAUCUUUAAACAUGUCUUGGUUUUACAAGAGAGAAACAUAAACACAGAGUGUUCAUAAAGUAAAGGCACAGUAGAAUGAAUAUACAAACAGAGAAGAAUAUAUUAUUUUACUGUUAAUUUGACCUUUAUGAACAUCCUAUACACUUAUUAGUAGUUAAUUUGUAUAUUACUUCAUCUCUGAUAAACAUCUUUGUUCAAUUAUUAUAUGAAUAUUACAUUUUAUUUUGUAAGAAAUCCUAUUUUAACAUGGGUCUCAUGAUACUGCCAACUCAUAAAUGUGUUUCCUCAGAAUGUAUCUAUGCCUCUGUGCCAAGAUAUUGGUUAGAUACGGCUCUGAAAACAUCCUGGAUUAUGUCUUAUUUUUAUAUGUGUGUGUUCAUCAAAGAGUCCAGAUAUUAAAACAAUAAAACGUCCAUUUUUAUUCCUAUGGUAUGGAAAGGGUUUUGCAAAUGGAAUUUCACAAACAGCAGGCUUCUAAUGGUUAAUUGCAAACUACUGAAGUUGUUAUAUUUUUGCCUAUUGCCAGGAAACCCAUAUAGACCUCCUUCAAUAAAUUGAUGUAUUUAAUUCAGAAUUACAAGAUAUGUUUUUCUUCUCCAGCAUCCUCUGAUUGUUGUGAAAACUAACAGACAAUAUUAAUCUGACAACCCACAGGAACAUUUUUUCUGGAUCAUGAUUUAAGGGCAUGUCUCUGUUUUCCUGAUAGCUCAGUAUAGUGACUAGCUAUGGACUGGACGACUGGGGUUCGAUCUCCGACGGCAGAGAAUUUUUUUCUCUGGCCUCUCCGUCUAGACCAUUUCUGGGGCUCACCUAUCCUCCUAUCCAAUGGGUACCAGGGUCCUUUCCUGGGGGUUAAGGGUGGCCGGGGCGUGAUGCUGACCACUCCCCCCCCCAUCUAGUGCCAUGGUCAAGAAUGAGUAGAACCUGUACCUCCACUUCCCCCCAAACAACCUACAUGGCAUGUAGCAGGACAGCUUUACUUUUGCUUUGUCUGUGUUUCCAAGAUUUUUGACAUUACUGUCAGUGCCAUUCCAUAAUUCUUGACAAUCCAUCAGUAGCCGUGGUGUAUAGGUAAUUGUUUGCAAAAAUAUGGUAUUAAAAUUCCCGUUUUUAUACAUUCAAAUCAGUCAUCCAACUGUUGUGUAUGAUUAAAUAAUGCAUUGCAUAAUUAUAUAGAGAUAUUCCAGUUUGUUUUCCAAGUCAUUGAUGCUUUUAAAAUGAAGAAAAAUAUCUUCAAAACAUAUCAUUGUAACCUCCUGUUUCUUCAGUAAUUGUUUAUAAAAAUAAAGAAAAACAGAUGGAAAUAUGCCUGCAUUUCUGUCCCACAUUUAAAGAUUCAUAUAUUAUUGGCAGUGAAUUAGCUUCAUAAUCUGGAUAUUGCAUUAUUAUUUAUUUUACAGGAACUAGACAGGUUCUGUCCUUCACAUGGUGUGUUGUGUGGUCUGUAGUCUGGAUUGUGACUGUAAAUAUGAAGGUCAUAAUGGCAGCUGAAAUUGGUAACAGUGAACAUUAUUCAGAACACUUGUAACUGAUCUGAGACAUUAUGUGUCGAUCAAGACUAUUUAAUCUUUGUCGGCAGUGUGUCAUGGCCCAUGCACUGUCCACUUUGCUGUGCUUCACAGUAGCAUACUGCUUAAGUGUGAACCCCAGAGUUGGAGUCCAUCUGGCAGCCCCUUCGUGUGGGUGUGUAAAUUCCCCAGUCCCACAGAAUAAAAGAUAACCUGAAUUAAAGAAUUGCCUGUAGGAAAAUAAUUAUCCAUUCGCAAAUUGCAUUGCUUUUCUUUUCUUAUUACAUAUUUCAGUGAAACUGUUGUCUCUACAGCAAUAUGAGAAACUAUUGCAGUUUUUAUCCAGACUUCAUGGAUAUAAAUUGCAUUGUUUCAAAAUGUCUGUAACAUUUGUCUAGUAACAUCAUGUAAGUACUUUUUUUGGACAUUGCCAUUGUGUGUAUAAAAUGGUACAUAUUAAGAAGGAUUAUUUUGUAGUAGGAUUUGAGGUUGUCGUGGUGGUGGGUCUGAAGACGGCCAUCUUGAGGCUUAAUGUCUUCAGAUAAGAGAAAAGACAAUCUUUGCAACAUAAUACCAGUAUAUAUUUUUAUCCAGACAGAGGGCAGUAUACAAGGAAAGUACUGUCAUUACAGUUAUAUUGUUGCAUUGUCAGGGUUGCAGAGUUAUAGAAAUACCAUCAGAUAAUAUCAAUAUAUUGUUUUGUUUAUACCCAGGCAAGUGAUAUUCAGCCACUAUUGCUUAUUAACAAAAAAAGUCAUUAUGUAUGAACAGACUUGAUACCAAAAAAUUUGGAAAACCCAAAAAGUGGAAUCGUUAAUCUCAUGAGAGGAAAAUGGUAAUGCCAGAAAUAUGUAUGUCACAAGUUAUGACCAAUAUGUUUUACAUCCACAUACAGUUUGGAGUGGGAGUCGUAACAUACGGAUGGCCAUCACCUGGUUUCAGUAAUCCGUUCUUAAAGAGAGAUGAACAAUAUGUUAAUUAAGAAUUCGUCUGUGAAUAGUUACUGUGCAACAUCUUGUGGAGCUAAUAUUGUAUAAAAUGGACAAAGAGGCAAUAAUUCUGGUUAAUGGUGGGAUAAGAAGAUUGCAAGAUUUGUGCAGAAAUGUUCUUAAUGUUUGUGUGUGAAUAUCUGAGUGUCUUUAUUUUCUAUUUGUGUAUUCAGUCGAAUGGAUGCAUUAGUUUUUAGACUGAAGAAAAGAUUUUCUUUUGCCUAGUAACAACUAAAUGCAAUGAAAAUGUUACAAAAACAAGAAUGUUUUAUAAAUUCUGUGACUAAAUUGCAAUUAUUUUCAUGUCACAUUACAUAGUCCUAUCUUACCAAACUAUUUCUGUGUUUCUGUUGUUAAUGAUAAUUGGGCACUUACAUUGCCAUUAGUCUAGUAGUCUAGCAACCAAGAUGGAUAGCUUGGGGGGAGGGGGGGCAAGUAUUGGUAGAUGUGAACAGUCAAUACUGUUAUACUUUGGCUGUAUUCAACUGUUCUACUUGUAAUAUUUCAUAUGCAGGAGGUACAGGAAUUUGAAUUGUGUGUGAUAAAAAAAAGACCUCAUGAUACAUGGUGUUUAAGCUACCUACCACCUUGAUCAAGCAAUUAUUUACAUUGGAGGCAAUUUAUAAUCAUUCUAAUUAUGAUCUGACAACUUACAAGCUGAUGGCUGUGAUAAAUUUCAUUGUUCUUGAACAUGUGUUUUUAAAGUAGCAUUUCCAGAAAACACUGAAAUUCAGGCAGUGUUAAUAUUCUGUCUAUAAAAAUCCAUUGACUUGAUUUUAAAUUUCUUGCCCUCGUAAUGUUCCAAUGGGAAAAUUCCUCUGCACUAAUGUCAAGCAAAUUAUUUAGGUCUAUCGGCCAGUAACCAUUUAUAAUUUAAUAAUAAUUAAUGAGUUGAAUGUAAAAGAACUGGCUACUAGAAAUUUUUUUGUCAUAAUAAACUAACCAUUUUCUUAUUAAGUGAAUUAUGAAUUUGAUGUAUGAAAUAUGAAGUGAGAAACUGUUUCUGGUAUUAAAAUGUAUUGAUUUUAAGAAUUUAGUAUCACAACAAAUUCCAGACAAAAAAUAUUUAAAAAAAAUGAGCACAUCACUGUUCGUUUAUACAUACAUGAUUUUUAGUAACAUUUUGUAUCUCAGGAUAAAACAGUAGUGACAUAUCAUGAAUCUUAACUUUGCAACCAAUGAACAAAAAUUGCUUUGUGAUCAAAAAGUUAAUUGAAUAUGUGGACAGAUUGAUUAUAACAACCCAAAAAGAAAUAUAAGAAGAACAGGGAAAGCAGUAAGUAUAUCAUAUGACUGUGCCCUGCACGCUUCUUUUUGUCGCUGUGCUAUCAUACGAAACAUUGCAAUGGUGGGAAUACCUUUUUUUGUUGCCACAGAGGGCUAUGGAUUAAUGUAAGUGCCCAAUAAAAGUGGAAAUUUCUCAAAAAUAAAUUUCAUCAACAAUAUUCUGGCCAAGUAUACCACUUUGAUUUUUAUAUAGCAUUUGAUGUUAUUUCAUUUUUUCUGGAGAUUGAUAUAUUGGUCCCCAUUUUAAACAGAUAUUUAUACGACUACUACUAUAUUUUCAAGCAAGGUGACACACCAUUGUAACAAGCGUUUUAUGUUUCUUUUGCUGUUGGUGAGUGUUAAAUAUUGGAAUAGUGGAAAUUAGUUCAGAAAGCUUGAGAUAUAUUAUGGUUUUAGUAUAAAACAAUAUAAAUGGCAUUAAGUGACUAAUAUUUUUUGUCACAAAGGUUUCAAGAAUUUCUUAAGAAGUCACCAUUGAUAUCAGUGAAACAAGAAUCAACUUCCAAUAAAUUAUUUGAAAGCAGUUGAUACACAUCAGUGCACAAAGUGAUACUGAUAAUUUCUUGAAUCACCUUUCUGUGGUAUUGGUCUUGGCUUCUGGGCCUGAGGUAUGUUCAUUGCUUAGAUGUAUCAUACAGUUCAUCCAUCACUUAUGAAUAAAUUUGUGACUGGCUAGCUUUCAUUUCAGGAAAUUACCCAGUCACAGGCUAAAUCUUCCUUCACACAAUCCACAGAUAAUUCAAGACACUUUUGAGAUGCUACGAGUACAUUUAAGCAACUGAUAUCAACUUAAACCCAAAGGUGUAUAAUAAACAGCAAAAAGAACCUGCAAUCAAGAACACCUGAACAUUUCAAAACAUAUUUUUGAAUCUUGGUUAAAGGUGUCAACCAUUUGUCUGCGAAGUGUUCUGUAUGGUUCUGGGGCUUAUCAUUUCCAUAAUCAUCACCAUCCAUGCAUGUUUCCAUUGCUGCACCCACAUUCAUUCUUUUCUCUUGUUUUUGUAUUCUGACUAUUCUUUAUCUCUCUAUAUCAUGUUUCACCUGACCAUGUAAUUUCAUUUUAGACCACCGUACUGUGUGUAAAUCUGUCCUUGAUAUUAUAUUGCUCUUAAAUUUAGAUAAAUGGCGAGAUAACUCCAAUCUUAAUUUCAGCAAUAUUUCUUGUAAAGGUGUGCUUAUUCUUAGGUCCAUUCUUCUGUUUGUUCCAAUUAUACUGUUCAGUAAUAUUCCAGCAGUCUGUUAACCCAUUGUAUUUUGAUGUUGCACGAUAUCUGUCCAUUCAGGUGGUGAUUACUAUUUUAAUGGCUGUGAAACAUCACUGGAUAAAGGGCGAAACAGUUUAUUUACUGAAGAACAGAUAUACUUUAUCUAGAAAGAAAUGUUUUGAUAAACUUUUGGAAUUUAUUUGGAUGUUUUAAGUUGAUUUGGAGUGGGUGUUUUAGAAGACAAAAUCAAAUAGUAUUGACUUGGGUUGUGUUCGUUGUGCACUGUGACUGUGUCUUCAUGCCGUGGCAGUGAUACUAAAUGUAUAUUUUCCAUUUUUCUUAUAUUCUCUACUUCCAUGAUAUAGCUUAUUUAAUAAAAUAUCUCCUUCUUCUAUGGCUCUCCGUUCCGUAUUCGGUCCAUGGCCUUCUCAAUUCUCCUCUUCCAUUCGGUCCUCUGUUAGGUCCGUCUGUCCGAGGCUUUGAUUGAGGUUUCAAAACAUCUUCCUUUUUACGGUGCAAGGUUGUUAGCCUUGCGACCAACCCCCAACCUGGAGGACCAUUCACCAUUACUAAUUCUUUUUAUCUCAUCUUGCAUUGAGGCUAGUAAACCUCUUGAGAAUGAUACUGAGUUUCAUUUUGAAGAACCACUUUUUAUAUUAUGCCUAGUGUUUUAUGGGAAACACAUUUUGGAAACUCUUUUAUUAUUUACUGCUGCAUAUAUCUAAAGCAUUCUGGACUAGAGAAAGAAGCAGGUAGAAAGACACUGUACUUCCAAGAUGCCAAAUCAGCUAAUAUUACACCAAUGCAAAGGGCAAAAAUAAUUAUAUUAUUAAAGUGGAGAAUGUUGACAAAUCCAGCUCUGUAUAUUUCUAAAGUUGUGAGAAAUGACGGCCGCCAGCAUCAGAACUAAUUGUCGUACUCUUACUGUGGUUAGCCGGAUUUCAAAUGAUAGCAAGAUCAGUUUCCAGUGAAAGGAGUUUCACAUUGUAUUCUUGUUUCAUAUUUCUUUAUACAAAUAUUGGAAAAUCCAUUACAGUUAUUAAAGGACGUUUCUUUAAUACGGGAAUAUAAUCCUGCCGUGUUUUGUUGUGUAGUUUCGUAAAACACGACCAUACAUUCUAUUGAAUACAGUUUGAUUUCUUUUAAAUUUUGAAGCUCUUCCUGCAGCUUAAAAAUAAAAGUAUUGUACAAAUGACAGUAUUUAUUUAUAAGAUGUACCAUGCCGCAGAUGUAUAUAAUAUGCCUUGAUUAUUAAGUAAAAUAACGAAAGCAAUAAUAUAAAUGAAUGAUGUGGAAUGAUUGUUAACAAUCUGUUAAAUGUUUAUUGCUCCGUUGGCAUUUAUGCAGUGUCUGUGCAGUCAGUGUGAGACAUAAAUAAAUGUGGUGUCGGUGUUUACAUAA